AUGUCAUUUGUGGCAGUCAUCGAUGCAGAUCGACAUAAAUUUAUAUGGUCAAGGGCAAUAGCUUCAUUAGCAUCCAUUUCAGAUAAUGUCAAGUUUGUUGUUGGGCCUGAAUCAUUGACGGUUUCUGCUGUAAACGCAGCUAGAACCUCGCAUGGGGAAAUUGUGUUUAAUCGUUCUUUUUUUCAUGAAUAUACUUGUGACUUUGAUGAUAUAAUUUGUGAAGGAUUUGAAAGGAUACCUUCAUAUGCUCCUGAUACUGACACAUAUUCAUUUGUGGUCAAUUCCAAACAUUUGGCAAUUUUAUUUAAAAACUUUGACGUUUCCGAUCUUGAAUAUGUUUGCUUUAAGAUACAUUGGGGUAAAGGAUCUCAAAUACCUUUAAGAUACAAAUUUUUAAUUGAAAUAAAGACCAAGAAAUUGAUUCUUAAGAAAUAUCAAACCAAUUAUCAACCAGUAUUACGAGAUAGAUUGACUAUUGCCACAGAAUAUCAUCAACAACUUUCUGGAGAUGCUAUAAAUUAUAUUAAGGUUGAACAAAUGAUACCAAAGCAAUUUUUGGAUAUGAUUCCUCAAUCGACUGAAGAUUUUAAAUUAGAAGUUAAACAUGAUAAAUUACUGAUGAGUGCAUAUACAAAACAAAUCAUGAAAGAUAGAGAAUAUUUGAAGCAACCAAUGUCAGUGACAGUGUCACUUAACCUUGAUGAACUUUUAAAUACAAAUCUAAUUGGGAAAAUGCCCCAAUGUAUUAAUUUCCGAUUGAAAGAUUUUAAAAACUUUAUAAAUUUAAUUACUUCAUUUAGUGAUGGGAAUAAAAGUAAUGAUGCAUUAUCAACCACUGAUGAUUAUUUUGAGGUACUUUUCGGACCUCCUGGAGCGCCAAUAUUGUUUGAAUUGGAUAAUAAUGAACAUCUUAAAGUUCAAUUUAUUCAAAUAACUAGUGAUGAUGGAGCCAAUCUUAAAAACUCAACUAUACAUCACCUACAAUCCCCACAUAUACUUCAAAGAUCAAAUCAUGUCACUUCGAAACGAACAGAUGGUUCAAUGUUACUUGAUGUAGCCAGAUCGACAAUAUCUAGAGCACCUAUGGGAGGAGAACAAGAUAUUGAAUUAGAUCUGGGACUCUUUGUUCCAGAAUUAUCACAAGAAUAUGAUACAAAUACCCAUGCUAAAAGAAGGAAAACUGAUGUUCUCCAACCUGAAGUAAUGGAACAAGAUACAGAGUAUGAAAAUACAGAUGGUGAGGAACAAGAAAAAGAAAUAUCUCAGAGUACUCGACAACAAUCACAAUUUGGACCUACACAGGGGGUUAAUGUACCCAAAUCUAUUUUCGAUUGA